AUGGAGGCUGCCCGCGCCCUGCGCUUCCUGCUCGUGGUGUGCGGCUGCCUGGCGCUCCCGCCCUGGGCCCAGCCCGUGUGCCCGGAGCGCUGCGACUGCCAGCACCCCCAGCACCUCCUGUGCACCAACAGGGGGCUCCGCGCCGUGCCCAAGACCAGCUCGCUGCCGAGCCCGCAGGACGUGCUCACCUACAGCCUAGGCGGCAACUUCAUCACCAACAUCACGGCCUUCGACUUCCACCGCCUGGGCCAGCUCCGGCGGCUGGACCUGCAGUACAACCAGAUCCGCUCUCUGCACCCCAAGACCUUCGAGAAGCUUCUGCGGCUGGAGGAGCUGUACCUGGGCAACAACCUCCUGCAGGCGCUCGCCCCGGGCACGCUGGCCCCGCUGCGCAAGCUGCGCAUCCUCUACGCCAACGGCAACGAGAUCGGCCGCCUGAGCCGCGGCUCCUUCGAGGGCCUGGAGAGCCUGGUCAAGCUGCGGCUGGACGGGAACGCGCUGGGGGCGCUGCCGGACGCGGUCUUCGCCCCCCUGGGCAACUUGCUCUACCUCCACCUGGAGUCCAACCGGAUCCGCUUUCUGGGCAAGAACGCCUUCGCCCAGCUGGGCAAGCUGCGCUUCCUCAACCUCUCCGCCAACGAGCUGCAGCCCUCGCUGCGCCACGCGGCCACCUUCGCGCCGCUGCGCUCCCUGGCCACCCUCAUCCUCUCGGCCAACAGCCUGCAGCACCUGGGGCCCCGCGUCUUCCAGCACCUGCCCCGCCUCGGUCUGCUCUCCCUCCGGGGCAACCAGCUCGCCCACCUCGCGCCGGAGGCCUUCUGGGGGCUGGAGGCCCUGCGGGAGCUGCGCCUGGAGAGCAACCGGCUGAGCCAGCUGCCCGCGGCGCUGCUGGAGCCUCUGCGCAGCCUGGAGGCGCUGGACCUGAGCGGCAACGAGCUGGCCGCCCUGCACCCCGCCGCCUUCGCCCGCCUGGGCCGGCUGCGCGAGCUCAGCCUCCGCGACAACGCGCUCAGCGCCCUCUCCGGGGACAUCUUCGCCGCCAGCCCGGCCCUCUACCGGCUGGACCUGGACGGCAACGGCUGGACCUGCGACUGCCGGCUGCGGGGCCUGAAGCGCUGGAUGGGCAGCUGGCACUCGCAAGGCCGGCUCCUCACCGUCUUCGUGCAGUGCCGCCACCCGCCGGCCCUGCGGGGCAAGUACCUGGAUUACCUAGACGACCAGCAGCUGCACAACGGGUCUUGCGCCGCCGAUCCCUCUCCCUCCUCGGUUUCCCCGACCGGCGAUGCCAAGAGGCGGCCCUUCCCCACAGCCACGAGGGAGAAGAUGGCGCCCCCUGCCGGUGGCCUCGCGGAGGAGCUGCCGCCGCAACCGCAGCUGCAGCCACAGCCUCAGCCGCGGGAGAGGGUACCGCCCGGGGCGCCCUGGGAUGGGGAGCUCCUGGGCAACCGCAGCGCCCCGAGGCUGAGCCCAUGGGGUGCGGGCCCCCAGCAGCUGGGCCCCUCCGCGCCUGCUGCUGCGGCGGGCCCGGCGCCACCGCCCCGGGACCUGCAGGAGGAGCCCGAUCCAGCCCGCGCCGAGCCCACCCUGACCGGCGGGGCCGCAGCCUCCGCGCCGCCGCCCGCCGGCGACCUCUGGCAGCGGGCCGCGCAGCAGCGCCUCCCCCCGCAGCAGCCCGAGGGCGCCGCCCCGGCGGACGGCGGGCUGGGGGCGGGCCUGCCGCCGCUGGUGUCCGACCCGUGCGACUUCAACAAGUUCUUCCUGUGCAACCUGACGGUGGAGGCGGUGGGCGCCGACAGCGCCGCGGUGCGCUGGGCCGUGCGCGAGCACCGCAGCCCCCGGCCGCUGGGGGGCGCGCGCUUCCGCCUGCUCUUCGACCGCUUCGGCCAGCAGCCCCGCUUCCACCGCUUCGUCUACCUGCCCGAACGCAGCGACUCGGCCACGCUGCGCGAGCUGCGCGCCGACACCCCGUACCUGGUGUGCGUGGAGGGCGUGCUGGGCGGCCGCGUGUGCCCGGUGGCGCCCCGCGACCACUGCGCCGGGCUGGUCACCCUGCCGGAGCCCGGCGGCCGCGGCGGCGUGGACUACCCGCUGCUGACCCUGGCGCUGCUGGCCGUCAACGCGCUGCUGGUGCUGCUGGCCCUGGCGGCCUGGGCGGCGCGCUGGCUGCGCAGGAAGCUGCGGGCCCGCAGGAAGGGCGGCGCCCCUGUGCACGUCCGCCACAUGUACUCCACGCGGCGGCCGCUGCGCUCCAUGGGCACCGGCGUGUCCGCCGACUUCUCCGGCUUCCAGGCGCACCGGCCGCGCACCGCCGUGUGCGCGCUCAGCGAGGCCGACCUCAUCGAGUUCCCCUGCGACCGCUUCAUGGACAGCGCGGGCGGCGGCGGCGGCAGCCUGCGGCGGGAGGACCACCUCCUGCAGCGAUUUGCAGACUAG